AACCUGGAUACGGACAUUAUUUGCGUUCGACUGACCCAAUACUACGGAAGAAUCAGUCUCAUCUUUGUCUGACCCAGUUCUGAACGACCACCCAUUCGUCUAAUGCACAAGCAUCAGGAGUGCAUUCUCACUCCUCCUCUUCCUCUCCUUCUUCUCUGAUCUGCCUCACCCGCUCAAAACAAUCAAGAAAGCUGUCAAUACCAUGGCUGGAGAAGAUCUCACCCCGAAGUCCGCACCUGGUCGUAGAAUCCCUAUGCGCGUCCUGGUUCUCGGCCUGCCACGUACUGACACCGCGUCCCUAAUCAGCGCCCUUCGUCAACUCGGCUAUAAUACAUACACCAUGCGCUCGCUCGUCACGAAUCCAAGCCAUAUUUCUAUUUGGCAAGAAGCAGCCAACAGCACUCAACACGCCUCCGGCCUGCCCCUACCCAUCAACGACAUCCUCUCGGACUACGACGCGCUCGCAGACCUACCAGGCUGCAUGUUCGCGCCGCAACUAAUUGAGGCGUAUCCCAAUGCGAAAGUCAUUCUUACGACGCGGCCUUACGAAAAAUGGGAGCGCAGUAUGCAGGACAGUAUUUGGGUAUUGCUCACUUGGCGGUUGUUUGAAGCGUGUCGAGUGCUAGGAUUGAGUCAGAUGGCACCGUUGAUGAGGUUGUUGCAUGUGCUGUUCGGAGUGCAUAAUGGGAAUCAGUAUGGUGGGUAUGAGACGCGGCGAGCGUAUGAGCGACACAAUGAGAAAGUGCGGGAGCUUGUGAGUAGGGAGAGGCUUCUGGUGAUUGAUGCUGAGGACGAGAGUGGAUGGAACGAGUUGUGUGGGUUUCUGGGCAGGGAGAGACCGGAGGGCGUCCAAUAUCCGCGGUUGAAGGAGGAUACGGCCAUGCGGGCAGGGUUGGAACAGACUUGGUUUUCUAUGGUGAGAUACUUGCUGCUAAUGGUCGUACUGCCGGGCAUUGUGCUGGUCUGUGGGACUUUGUUGUACACGUAUGCGGAUGAUUUGAGGAGUGCGAGGGAUCAGUUGAUUUUGGAACCAUUGAAGGAAUAUCUCGAUCAUUAGAAGAUGUUUUAUUUAAACUAGAGGAGGUC